AUGCCAUAUUCAAUAAAUCCUUUUAAGCUUGUGCAAAUAUCUUUAUCCUUCAUUUCUGCUGCUGAGGCUGCUGCCGCAGCACGUAAUGUAUCGGAGUCGUCUUUGACAUCUCCCGAGAAGAAAGGUCGUUUAUUUGAAUCACAAUCAUCUUUGACCGAAAAAGAAGAAACAGGGUCACUCAUUCAUAAAAGUGACAAGAUUCUAAAGCUGUUGAUAGGUACAAAAUCAAUCCUGAUGCAAUUUAGAGAGUUAAGCCAAGAAGGUUUUGAUAUAUUAUAUCCUUUUACCGGUCUUAGAAAUACUUAUAAAUCUAGUAAAUCACCUACAAGAGAUGAUCAACUAUCAAAUAAUUUUCGUAAGCAAGUUCUUGAAAGAUUAGAUAAACGUAAAAACAUAGUAGACGACGAAACACAACAUAAUGCUUUAGAUAUUUAUCUCAAAUAUAGUGAUAUAAUAUCGACUGAAAAAAUUGUAGAACUGGAUCAGAGCACGAUUUCAUUCUUAUUAAACAAACGCAUUAACCAAAGUAUAAAAAAGUUGGAUAUUUUUGCUGCCCGUGUGUCUGAUCCAUGUUUGAAAAUUUUAGUAGUGGGAGAUGUAAAAACGAGGAAACAAUCCUUGAUAAAUUCACUUAUACAUCAUAAAAUAUUACCAUUGGAGUUACAAAUGGAACGGGUUCUGUUCUGUGAAAUAUUAGAUGUAAGAGAUAACUCUGGUGAAGAAGAAGUUCAUGCUAUUGAAGAUCUUGAAAAAUACAAUCGAAAAGAUCCAACAACAUAUUCAAUAAUCUCAUUAGCGAAUCUCUAUAGCACCAUUAGUGAUUGUAAAAAAGAAAUCGGUUGUAUAAAGAGUCUUUUACAUGACGAAAUCGUCGAUAUUGCUUUAAUUGAUUGUUCCAAUUUCCUUCAUGAUACAAUUAAAAUCACAGAUGCCUUUAUGUUUGUAGCUAGUUCCGAGAAUUAUAUUGUUUCAUCGGUCGAAAAGUUGUUAUCUAAUAAUACAUUUGAUGAAAACAAUAAUUUAUUUAUUGUGUUGAAUCAGUUUGGUAAUAUCGCAGACAAAGUGAAGUGCAAGCAGAUCGUCACCAAUUGGAUUGUAGAAUCAUGUCCAAACAUUAAACGCGAUGUAGAAUUAUUUCAUUUUUUACCUACCAAAAAGAUUUCUUUCAAUGUUGCAAAUGAUCUUUAUCAGCUCCGAGAGUCUUUAGGCAAUUUAGCGACAAAAAAAAUAUCCAAAACAAAAUUUGUACCAGCACAAGAUUAUCUUCGGUCUCUUAUCAUAGAUAUUGGAAUUGUUGCAGAAUUCAAUUUAUAUAUGGCAACCUGUGAAUCCGAAAAAUUUGAACGACAACUCGAAGAAGAUAAAAUAGCUUAUGAGCAGCUAUGCAAAGAUUUGAAUGAAACUAGUUCGAAAUCCAAAAAAUAUGCCAGAACAACAUCUAAUUUUGUUUAUAAAAACACGAAAGAUAGAACAGUAAACGCCAUCGCAAAUAUGGAACAAAAAUCCGAUAUUAAUAAAAUAGACUUUCAAGGGGUACUUUCAACAUUAAGCUUUGCCAACCACGUCCGUGACGCUAUGAUAAACGGAAUUUCCGAAGAAAUUUCUAUGUGCGAAAAAAUAUCUAAAAGACAAGUUGAUAUUUGUAUUUCAAAAAUCAAUUCGUUGGCAGAGAAAUUAGAGGGAGAAUUUAAUGAAAUCAACCUUGAAGAAAUGUAUUCUGGUCCUGCGCUUUCAUCUUAUAUUAUUCAAAUUUUUUUCUUAGAGUUUUUCUAUUUAAAACAAAGUCGUGAUCUGAACACAAACGAAGAUAGAAGUCUUACAAUCGCGGCGACUUCAAAAAUACUUACAAUGGCGAAUUUAUUGGGAGUUACAAAUUUUCUAGGAUUGCCUAAAACGCAACGUUGGGUAUCACGUUUGUUAUGCAUAGCGGGUGUUGGCCUUUUUGUAAAAUAUAUUCUUUGCAACAUGAGAAUUUCCAUAAUACGAAAAAUAGCUUUAAAGAUACGAGAUCAUUUAAACCAAACAAACUUUGUUGAUAACGAAGCAGAACGUAUAAAGAUGCAGAGUGACGUGAAGAUUGACUUAUCGAUUGAAUAUUUGGAAAAACGAAUCAAACAGACACUCCUCGCCGCACAGAAAAGGCGUCUUGGUAUUCUUACUGCUUACAAAGGAACCAUUGAAAGUUCUGAAUUUUUUAAACUAACGUUCAGAAGAGCCGAAAUAAUUUUCGAGAGCUUAAACAGUAUAUGUAAUGUGGCUGAGGAGUUGGAAUUUUAA